UUCGCAGACUUGAAUGUAGAACUAUUGGCGCGGAGUAACCAAUAUCAAUUAGGUGUAUAUGUAGGUAACUGUAGCAAGACGAUUAGUCAUAUCAAUCUUCUCGAAUAAUAAGGUUUCGCUGUACGUUUUAUGUCCAUAAUCUUUUUGGUUCGCGGUGACUAUCCAGCUGCUUACUCUUGUUAUUCGACCAGUUUCCUCAUAAUGUGACGAAAUUGCCGUUGAUAUGGUCAAAGGAAAGUUUCAGGCGUAUUUUCCAUUUGAGAAAAAUUCUCUGACAUACAGUUGUCUUCAUUGUCGUGCACAUUUGGCUCGUCAUGAUGACCUCAUAAGUAAAUCUUUCCAGGGAAGUCAAGGUCGAGCGUAUUUAUUUAAUCAGGCUGUAAAUGUUCGUUGCGCUGAAGCUAAACAACGUGUUCUUCUAACCGGGUUGCAUUUUGUAGCUGAUAUAUUUUGUGCAUGCUGUGAUACAGCACUUGGUUGGAAGUAUGAACGUGCUUUCGAACCUAGUCAACGAUAUAAAGAAGGAAAGGUGAUAAUUGAACUGGUGCAUUUAUAUAAAGAUAACAGUUGGGAUGCUGAAUGGUUAUAUCCCUUGUAUCGAACUAGCUCUACUGCUAAUGGUUAUACUCCAGACAGAACUUUAAACCAAACAAAGUCGCAUUCAGUUAGUGUAAAUGAUCAUCGUCAUAGUGAAACUAGUAAAUCAAAAUUAUCACUAAACUUUCCACCGAUUGAUGCAACGGACUCUUUAUCUUCAGCUGAUGGAGGUGUUUUCGAAUCUUCGACAACUGAUUUAAUUAAUCCUAAUGAAGAAUCAUGUACAGAUUUUGUGCAUCAUCAUGACAAUUUACAUCAUCCUCCUCCUCCUCCGCCUCCUCCUUCCCAGCAUCAUCAUCACCAUCAUCAUCAUCAGUUUCAUUAUCAUUUGAAUAUAUCUCCUUCAUCUUCAACUCAGGUUCAUCAAUCAUCAUUCUCUCUUAUGUCAAAUGAUUCAACAUCUUUAUCAUAUCGUUUAAGUUCAUCAUUAAAUGCAACUGGUUGGGCGUUUCGUAUUCCACCUUCAUUAUUGACAUCUAAAAACAAUGGACUUAGUAGUAACAGAGAUAAAUAUUCAUUAGACUUAUCAGAUUCUGGACGUGUCAGUGAUUAUUGUCAUAAUUCCACAUCAACAUCAGCAACAGAGAAUGUAGGACAUUUAAAUCUUGUUUGUUCUACAAAUAACAACAAUAAUGAUAGUGAUGUUGAAAAUGUUGAUAAUAUAAUACCAAAUAGUAUGAUUGUUACAAAUAUGAAUCAAUGUAAUACGCGUACUUAUAACAAUAAACAUAAUAAAACUAGAAUAAUCGACUGUCAAACAAGCACUAAUGUUACUACUACUAGUACUAGUACUACUACUACUACUAAUAAUAAUAAUAAUAAUAAUACUCAUAAAGAUCAUCAAAAUUUAAUUGAAAAUUUUACUAAAUCAAAAUCUUUAAAUCCUGUUAUUAGUAAAUUAUCUUCGGAAGAUUCAAAUAAUAUUAUUAUGGAUAAUGAUAGUAAUAAUGAUAAUAAUCAUAAUUCUGAAUAUGAUUGUUUAGAAACAGAUGCACAUGAUAUUUUUGAAGAUAUUAACAUAAACAUUAAGAAUAAUCAUAGACCAAUGGAUGAUUUGUGCUUAAAAAAUUUAUCACAAUUUUCGAACUUCAAGGCCAUUUAUGGAUUACAAGCAUAUGAUCUUAGAUGUCGUCAAAACAUUGGCCAUAUUUGAUGGGACAACAGAAUGAUCUUGGUCUUAUACGUCAGGUAGUAGUUUUCAACUCCUCAGGCUAGAAGAAUCUCAAAACUCAAUACACAAAAUCUACGCGUUACAACAUUCAAUGCUAAUGUUAUUGUCAGUAAACGUAAUCGUAAACGUUCAAAACAUCGACUACGUGCUUCAUCUGCUUCACCUUCCAAAGAUUUUCUUUUAUCUACUGGUUCAGACGAUGAAGAAACAGAUGAUUUAUCAGAUUUCAAUAAUUUCAAUAAUCAAUCAUCACAAAAUAUUGUCAAAGUACAAGAUUGAAUAAUAAAUAAUAAUAAUAAUAAAAUAUAUUUUUUGUUCAUUUUAUGAUCAAUUUAAUUCUAUCAUGGGAUUGAUUAUCAUCGGAAAAUUACUAUUUAUUUAUUUAUUCUCAACACAAAUUAAGCCUUUUUCAUGAUUUUCAAAUGCUGUGAAUUGACUAUUUUGAUAGCCAAAACAAUAAAAUAAAAUUAAAUAAUAAACCGUACGUCUUUCGAACAUCUUCUACACAGAUUUUAAAAACAAAAAGAAGAAUUUAUUUUCAAAUUUUACUAAUCACUUCUUCUUCUUCAACAUUGAAUAAUAACACAUAUCUCGUAAUACUAUUUAUUAUUCACCGCUUGUUGUUUUAUUGUGUUGUUCAUUAAAACAAAAAAAAUUAAAUAUUUUUUUGACAGUUUAUUUCCUUAGUUUUAUUUUUUAAGUAAGAAAAAAAAAUACAAACAUUAUAAUUACACUUUAUUCUUUCUGAGAUCAUACAACAAAGUACAUGAAUUAUUAUUUUUUUUUUCACAAUAAACCAUUUUCACUGAGAAAAAAGUAAACGUUCACCACCCACAAGUUCAAUGUUCAAUGUCCAUUUUCUAGGCUAUGUAUAUUAGCUAUCUUAUCCAAUCACAUGAAGCUCUCCGAAUCACGUGAUGAUGAUGAUAAUGAUGAUGAUGAUAUACAUAAACAAAAUUUAUUUAUUUAAAAAUACAACAAUGAAACUUCAACAUCUUUAUUUUCUAUCACACAAUGCAUAUAAUUAUUUUUAAUUUAUUGAUUAGAAAACAGUGUGUGAACUUUGCAAAACCAUUGAAAUGGGAAUGUGAAUAUUCAUGAAACAAAUGGGUAAUUGUCGCGUCAAUUACGUAAUGACAAUUUUAUCAUUUUCUUAGUUUACACAUUUGACUUGCUUUUAUUUUAUUUUGUUUACUACUGAUAUAUAAUAAAGAAAGAGAAAAGGAGAAGAAUAAUAAUUUUGCUUUCACUUUCUAUGAUAAUUAUAUAAUGCAAUAGUAGUACUUAAUAAUAAUAAUAAUCAUUUUUCAACACAGUAUGAUGUUGAUAUCACAAAUAAUGUUGAACACGUUGAACUUUCUAAAGUUAUGUGAAUUUUCAAGAAUAAAAUAAAAACAAACAAACAAACGAAGAUUUCUGUGAAAUUUUUAACUUAUUAUUAUUAUUAUUUGCCUUUGUAACAACAAUAUUCUUGUUACUUAGAUUCUGAGAGAAAAAAAAUGCUUUAUUGUUGUAUGUGGUAAGAAGUCAGUGCUUCUCUUUACAUUUUUGGUUCUUUCCCUGCUUCUCUAUCUAGAAUAACUAAAUUAAAUCAUUAUUUUAUUUCU